UUUACUUUAGAAGAAAUGUGCAAAUGUAAAUAUUUUGUUUUCAAGGAAAUUAACUACAACAGCGCUGCGCUGUUUCUAGACACCAGCUACAUUGUACCAACUUCAACAGGACUUCCGAUCAGUUUAAGUGCUGUGGGUACAGCUGCAGUCAACUUACAAAUGUCAGGGUCCAUCAAAGCGGGUGACUUUUUGAAGACACACGAGCUGGAUGUUGAGGGCAAAAUACGACCAAGUGUUGCUAUAGAUGUUGUUGGAACAAUGGGUGUUGAUGCCUAUUACGCAAGUACCGGAAUCAAACUACGAACUAAUAUGUAUUCUUCAUCAGCUGUGGAGGGUCAGCUAAAAGUUCGAGGCACCAAACUUGUGAGCCUGAAUUUCAAUCUUCCGAAGGAUAAAAUUGAAAUAAUCAACGCAAGGUAAAUAACUUAGUAAAGUUUUAA